CCAGGAGCGGAAGUUGCAGUAGGGACAGCUGGAUUUCCGGCUAGCUGGGUUAGGUUCUGGCAGCGGCGGGGAGAGGGGAGAGCGACGGGGCUGACACUCCUCACCAUGGCGGUGUCAGAGGCCCAGCUCAAGAAGAUGCUCAGCAAGUAUAAAUACAGGGACUUGUCAGUCCGGGAAAUCGUAAAUGUCACCUCCCUAUACAGAGACCUGAAGCCAUUGCUGGACUUUUACGUUUUCAAUGACGGCACUUCCAGGGAGCUGCUAAGCCUGACGGGCACCAUCCCUGUGCCCUACAAGGGUAACACGUACAAUAUUCCCAUCUGCCUUUGGCUGCUGGACACCUACCCCUACAACCCCCCAAUCUGCUUUGUGAAACCUACCAGCACAAUGACUAUUAAAACCGGAAAACACGUUGAUGCAAAUGGGAAGAUCUACCUUCCGUACCUGCACGAAUGGAAACACCCUCCGUCAGACUUGUUGGGGUUAAUCCAGAUCCUGGUGGUGGUUUUUGGCGAGGAGCCUCCAGUUUUCUCCCGAUCAUCCGCACCCGCUACAUACAUGUAUCCAGCGACGGGACCCCCAAACAACUCAUACAUACCAGGUGCCAUCCCCCCCUAUCCUGCCGCAAGUCACCCAUCUAACUCCAGCGGCUAUCCUGGCUACUAUCCACAAGGGGGACCGUAUCCACCAACCUCUGGCCCCCAGAUGUUUCCUCAGCCCCCUGCACCUCACCCUCAGGUCACCAGCUCUGGUCCAGCCAGAGAUGGCACCAUCGGUGAGGAUACGAUUCGAGCCUCUCUCAUUUCCGCUGUAAGCGACAAGUUAAGAUGGAGGAUGAAGGAAGAAAUGGACCGCGCCCAGGCGGAGCUGAACGCCCUGAAGCGCACGGAAGAGGACCUGAAGAGAGGUCACCAGAAGCUGGAGGAGAUGGUCACUCGGCUUGACCAGGAAGUGACGGAAGUGGACAAAAACAUAGAAACCCUGAGGAACAAAGACGAGGAAUUGGGAGCGGUGGUGGAGAAAAUGGAGAGCCAGUCGGAAUACAGAGACAUUGACGAAGUCAUCGUGCCGACCGCCCCGCUGUACAAGCAGAUCCUGAACCUGUACGCAGAAGAGAACGCCAUCGAGGACACCAUCUUUUACCUGGGAGAAGCGCUCAGGCGUGGCGUCAUAGACUUGGACGUCUUCCUAAAGCACGUGCGCCUCUUGUCCCGCAAGCAGUUCCAGCUCCGAGCAUUGAUGCAGAAAGCCCGGAAGACGGCAGGACUGAGCGACCUGUAUUAACAGCCAAUAUUUGCACCCUACAUUUAUUUCCUUUUUACCCAUGACAUAAUUUUAUAAUUUUUUUUCUCAAUUCUGCAGAUCACUAGAGAUUUGGGUUAAGUUAUUAUUGUAAAAAACAAAAAAAAACCCAUUUAAAAUGGUUAUUAACAAAAAAAUAAAUAAAUCUAUGUUUGUAUUCCGGUGAGGAGGCUUCUGCUUAAUGCACUUUGUUUUUGGAUUAUACUUAUAGAGGGGUAACUAGAACAGCAGCAGACACUAUUGCAGCCUGCUGCUAGUGUAAGAUCUACUCACAAAGAGGGGUAGCUAGAACAGCAGCAGACACUGUUGCAGCCUGUUGCUGGUGUAAGCUGCGUGACUGUAGCACUGCUGCUGGUACGGCCUCGAGGGGGAGGGGCUUGCACGGUGGUGCCGAAGUAGGUGCAAUAAUGUCCUCUUAUUCUGUAUAGUUUACUAGAUUUUCUGGUGACAACUUAGAGGGCCAAAUAAACAUAAAGGGCCACAUUGUACAAAUAUUUUUUUCUUUCCUUUAUAUUAAACGCUGGCUUUUCAGGCUAUAGUUUGAUUUUCAUCUGCCUGUAAUUUGAGCAUUUCCCAUGUCUAUAUUUGUAUGUGAAACACCUGUACAGUGUACCUGGGACUUCCUGCUGUGCCGACACAGCAUCAGCUCCACCUGUAUGUGAAUAAUUUUAAUAAUAUGUAUUAAAGAAAUACUAAUUCUU